AUGCUACUUCUCAGACUCCUUCUAUUGGGAAUAUGGUUAGUAUCAGUGUCUGCUUUUGGAUGGAAGUCCAAAGUUAUCGAUGACUCCACUCCUGGCCAACGACAUCUUGACCGAAAUCAGCAGCAGAACAGUAGAGUGGAGCUAGCCAAUGCUCGAUCUAGAACCAAUGAACUAUACUCGAGUGCAAUGCUUGAGCUCAAGAGACUAGAGGAAGAGCCAAUUUGCCAUCGAGUGGCUGCACAGCUUCUGAUGAGUAAUUGCGAAGGUCUGGAAGAUAUCAGUCAAAAAGAGUAUGAUCUAUACAGUGGACGCGUACAGAGACACUAUGUGGAAAGUCUCGCUGCAAGUCUGGCAAUUUGUGAUAUGGAACGAAGUAGUAUGAUUGUUCCUGAUGCUUGCGAGUCUUUUCGUCUUCCGGCUUUACUCCGCGCUUCUCAGGAAGCAGAGGGAAAAUUGCAAGUUUCACAGAAUGAAGUCGGAGCCUGUUUGAAGGGACUGGGUAAAGAUCCAUCCCAUUGGUUGAGUUGGACCAGUUAUCGAGACAAUUGUCUGUUGAUCUGUCAAGCUGCUCGUUCCGACAUCGACAAAGAUCAAUCUAUUCUUCUACAGAAAAAGCUUGUGGAAAUCAUGAGUCAAUUUGCAGCGGAACUCGAGGAUGACCUCCACAGUCUCAAGCGAAAUAUGGCGGAUCAUGCAAAAGCAGCAGAUUCUUACUUUGAAGGUGUUAUGAUGCAGGCUGAUGCACUCAAGAUCAAGGUUGAAGGUGCAUUUGAGGUCAUUUCAUCUGAAGCAUCAGUGGGUUUAUCAUAUAGCCAUAACAUGAACUCGAAUAUUGAUAUCUAUUCCCAGGACAUUGCGAGCGCUCUUAGAUCAAUUCUUGGUAGUACUGGCGAUAUUCAACGAGUGAUGAAAAAUGCCAUCGAUACCGUACUCCAAAGCAAUGCAGAGAUGGCUGCUGCGCAAGAGCAGGCUCUCGUGGUCACAUCCGGGACUGCAAAAUCAAGAUUGGAAGACAUCAACGCAUUGGCAGAAAAUGCCGAAUCAUCGUUCGAGAGACUGACUUAUGCAAUUGAUCUCUUGAUUCCCGUGAUUACUUCUAUGAGUGAUCGACAAGAUAAUUUGGAUCAGAGAUUCGAAGCACUUAGCGAUGUGGUUGUAAAUAUGACUACCUUGAUCCAGGAUCACUCGGAAAGUCUUGAGCAAGCCAGCUUUACUGCAACAGGUAUCCGAGAGAGCCUUGGAAAAGCUGCAGAGGCCGCAAAUUCUUGGAACGGAAUCAUGAGUAUGAGUGAGCCAUUUGUUGACAAUGCUCUUCGAAUAUUGUUUCCCCCGUUCACCCUCUUUUUUGGAAGUCAUGGCCUCCCGCCAUCUUUGGUCCGCAAUUUUGGUCUUUUUGUUGGUGGUUGGGCAGUAGCAGAAACGACAAUACAGUUACGCCAAAUCGAGCACUGGAUUCCACGAAUUCAAAGACCAAGAGCGUUAACCCAACUGGCACGAGAUACAGUAUUACAAACGGAAGCACCAAAUACUUUUAGUGCCUCCACGACAUUGCACAAUGACCUUGAUUCAAUCAAGGAAGCUCACACCGAAGAGACGAAGUAA